AUGCCAAAGCUAAAGAAUUACAAAAAGAUUUGGAUGCUUCAAGAAUAUAAUAAUGAAAGGAGAGAGCAAGCCAAAAAAAGACGAAAGGAAGUUUCAGAUAUUCGAAGGGACAAUUUUGCUGAAAACGAUGUCUGGGCAGAGGAUUUUUUUACUGAAGAUAUCCAUGAUGUCUUUGCUAAAAAUAUCUUUAGCAAGGACAUAUUUGCUGAAAGUAAUGAAUUUGAUGAAGAAA